AUGGCAGCAUACAAUUUUUCGAUUGUGCAUCUUUCUAUUUUCUUUUGCUAUACCAUUUCUUUAGUCUCUUUUGUUUAUGGUGGUGGUUUUAGUGUUGAUUUAAUUCAUCGAGAUUCUCCUCUUUCUCCAUUUUACAGCUCAACAGACAAAGCUUCUGAUCGAGCUGAGAGUGCCAUUUGUCGUUCCAUUGAGCGUUGCAGUCACUUCAGUAAGAAGAAACCUUCAUCAGAAAAAUCAUCAAACAAACUCGGUAACAUAACGUCAACUGUAGUACCAGGUGUUGUGGGUGACUAUCUAAUGUUACUUGCAGUUGGAACACCAGCACUUCCGCUAUUAGCAGUUGCUGAUACCGGUAGUGAUAUUAUAUGGUUUCAAUGUACACCUUGUGAUGUUUGUUUUCCGCAAACAAUCUCUGCAAUAUUUGCACCUGAAAAUUCGUCUACUUACGAAAAUAUUCCUUGCGCAACAAAAGAGUGUGAUGCUCUAAGUAGUGUCAGUAAUGUUGUCCCUUGUGAUGGUAAUGCUUGUAAAUAUAAUGCAAGUUAUGGAGAUGGAUCGAUCUCUAUCGGAAAUUUCGCACGUGAAACCCUAACUUUUCAAUCAACCGAAGGUACCGAAUCAGUUAUAUCAGUUAGUAACAUGGCUUUUGGUUGCGGUCAUAACAACACUGGAAUAUUCAGUGCACUUGGAGCUGGUUUGGUUGGUCUUGAUGCUGGACCAUUUUCGCUGGUUUCUCAGUUGGGUUCAAUCAUAGAUAACAAAUUUUCUUACUGUUUGGUGAAUGUUAAUGCAAACACAACAGCAAGUAAAUUAACCUUUGGCAGCAAUCCUAAGCUAGUUGAUGGAUCAAAAGUUGUUUCAACUCCAAUAAUCUUUAAAGAAAACCAAUCUUUCUAUUAUCUGACACUUGAAGCUAUUAGUGUUGGUGAUAUUAGAGUUCCUUUCAACACCAGUGCUAGCAGCAAUAAUGAAGUACUACUUGAAAAAGGGAAUAUUGUUAUCGACUCCGGUUCUACUGUAACAUCUCUACCAGCUGAUUUUUACGCAGCAUUUGAAGCAGAAAUGAAGAAAGCCAUUACAGUUAAUCCCGUUAUUGAUCCUAAUACAAGUUUAAGAUUAUGUUAUCCAGGGGAUUCAGACCCAAGUUCGGUUCCAGCCGUUACUGCUCAUUUUACUGAUGCUGAUAUUGUUCUUAAUCCCUUGAACCUUUUCAAACUAAACGGCGACAAUGAUGAGCUGUUUGCAUGUCUAGCAUUCCUGCCAACAGACGACGUGGCCAUCUAUGGGAAUAUAGUUCAGAAUAACUUCAUUGUGGAAUAUGACCUUGUGAACAAGUUGGUAUCAUUCAUGUCAACAGAUUGUCGAAUGCCAUAG